AUGGCAACCCCUACCGAAAAUGAAACUGAUAAUUGGCCACAAAAAAAUGAUCAAAAUGAUAGCAGUUGGAUUGCUAAGCAACCUACAAAUUCAGACUUGGAUACCACCAGUGCCUCGAACAGUUGGGAAGAACCGUACUCUAGUUCGAAAAAUAACGAUAGACGUCACAAGAAAGGUGGCUCGUAUAAAAACAGAGCUACUAAGUUUUCUGCUACUCAAGAACCAAGUGGUUGGGGAGCUGAACCCAGAAACAAGGACUCUGGCGGUUGGGGUGGCUCCUCAAGUAAUUUUGAAGAAGUAGAAAAUUGGGGUAUUACUAAAACUAAUGAUAAUGAUAAUAAUGUGAGUAGCUGGAAUUCAUCUUCAAUUAAUCAUAAUAGGGAUAUCAAUUGGGCAACUGAGACUGAUGUACAAAACAAAAGUAAUGGUUAUAAAGAUGAUGAUAUCAAUAAUAAGGGUACAGAGGCUUGGGUCGUAAAUUCAUCUGAUGCUAAAAUAGGUGGAUGGGGAGAAGAAGCAGAUGAUAAUAUUAAGCCUGAGAGUGUAGGUGGAUGGGGAGAAGAAGCAGAUAACAAUAAUAAGAAUCAGCCCGAGAAUGUAGGAGGAGCAGUAGAAAAUAAAGAUAAGCAGCCCGAAAAUGUAGGAGACGCAGCAGUUAAUGAUGAUAAGCAGCCUGAGAAUGUAACUGGAUGGGGAGAUGAGCCAGAGAAUGUGAAAGUAGAUGAAUGGGGAGAUAAUACAGCGAAUGGAACUGGAUGGGGAGAUGAGCCAGAGAAUGUGAAAGUAGAUGAAUGGGGAGAUAAUACAGUGAAUGUAACUGGAUGGGGAGAUGAGCCAGAUAAUAAUAACUCCGGAGAAGGUUGGGGUACUAUCAUGGAGAACAAAGUUGAUCAAUGGGAUCCUUCCGGUUAUGAAGAAACCGAUAAAACUGCUGAUUGGGUUAAUGAUCAACAAAGUUACUCAAAUAAUUAUUCAAGACGAGAUGAUCAUAGACCUAGGGGUAUUCGUGGUGGUCGUAGCUUUCGUGGUAAUCGUCGUGGUGGACGUGGCGGACGUGGCGGACGCGGUGGUUUUUCCGGUGGUAGAGGAAGAAGAGAUGGACCGCCAAUGCACAGAGAUGAUGAUUAUAGAGGCCAUAAACCAUCAUCUUCACGUGAAGUUCAAACCAGCGAGAAUCAUGAUUUACCUCUCGAAAAUGAAAAAAAUAAGGAUAAACCCAAAUAUGUCAACACUAAACCUGGUAACAUUUAUGAAAGCAUUCAUGCUCCCAAAACUCAAAGUGUUCCUUAUGUUAAUAAAGAUCGAGUAUUAUCAGGGGGAGUCCAUCAAAAACCGGAUGAAGACGUAUUGACUAAAAAGUUGGAAGAAAUGAAGAUCAAAAAUGAGAUAUUGGAGAAAAGACGCAAGUUACAAUUACAGCAAGAAAUUGAUCAGGAGCGUGAGGAAAAUGCUAUGCGCAAAAACAAGAACCGUGAAAACAGGGAAUGGGAUAUGGAAAAGAAUGAUUCUGACUGGCAUGACUCACGGAACCAAAAUAAUAAUUCACGUGACAGAGGCAAUACUUCUUACAGGAACGGUUCUCGUGAUGAAAAUUCCUAUAGAAGAGGUUCUCGGGAUGAAAACGAAUAUGAUGAAUCGAGAAACGCUCGUGGAGGACGAAAAAGAUAUAGCGAUCAAUAUAAAGAUUUCCCUAAUAGAUCUGCUACCACUGAGGAAGGAUUCGGUAGUGGAAAUAGCUGGGCAGAACAAACAGAAAAGGAUAACAAUAUUUCUUGGGAAACGACAGAAACUCCAAAUGAAAUCCAGAAUGAGAGUAAUGGCUGGGGUGAUAAUCCUGAUGAUAAAAUUAAUUGGGCUGAAGACGUUGAUAAAAGUGAAGCAAUUAAAGAAGUACCUAAUAAAGAUGAGAAGGUCGAUGAUGGUUGGGGACCUGUUGGUGAUAAAGUAGUCGAUGAUUGGAAUUAA